AUUCAAAAUGGUGUAAAACUAAAUUCGAGAAAAUAAUUAUUGAACUAGGCACAAUACUGUAAGUACCGAACACAAACGUUCAAUAAAAAUAAGAAAGUUAUGAUAGUGUUUUGAACGCACAAACAAAACUAAUUGACACACCUGGAAUACAGAUACAUAUUUUCAAUAUUUUCGUUCCACCAUGGGGGAACCCAAUGAACCAGCUCCUGAUCACAGGAGGAUGGGUGUAGUUCGGUCGGCACGUCAAGUUCCUGUACGCGUUCACCUUCUCGAUGAUGACACUUUUGAUGUCAGCGUGGAUAAGCGAGCUGUGGGUUGGGUGCUGUUUGACAAAGUGUGUGAGCAUCUCAACAUUCUAGAGAAGGACUACUUUGGACUGAGAUACCAGACCAUAGACAAAGAGUUUUACUGGCUGAACAAUGAUAAGAAGAUUGCCAGACAGAUGAAACAUGUUGGUCAGAACUGGAUUUUCACGUUCGAGGUGAAGUUUUUUCCAGCAGACCCAGCUCAACUGACUGAGGACUUAACCAGAUACCAGCUCUGCUUGCAAAUCAGGAGGAACAUUGUAGAUGAAAAGUUGCCAGCAUCAUUGGUGACCUAUGCCCUGCUGGGGUCCUACACGGCGCAGUCCGAGCUUGGAGACUAUGACCCUGAGGACUUUGGCACAGACUAUCGGUACCUGAAGGAUCUGCAGUUUGCACCGCGCCAGGACAAGGAGCUCCUCACAAAGAUUGCGGAGCUCCACAGGCAGCACAAGGGACUUUCACCAGAAGCUGCAGAGUUGAAGUACUUGGAGAAUGCACAGAAAAUUUCCCUAUAUGGCGUGGAGUUGCACCCAGCCAAGGAUGCAGAGGGCAAGGACAUACAACUUGGUGUCUGCGCUAAUGGGCUGAUUGUGUUCAAGGACAAACUGCAGGUCAACAGAUUUGUGUGGCCCAAAGUGCUCAAAAUUUCAUACCGCCGCAAUAAAUACUUCAUCAAAAUUCGUCCAGGAGAGUUUGAAGAGUUCGCAAGUUUGAUUGGAUUUAAACUUCUAAAUGGAAAAUAUUCAAAACGACUUUGGAAAAUCAGCGUGGAACAUCAUUCCUUCUUCAGGUUCCGUGAAGCAGAAGCCCCUAAGAAUGUGAGCAUCUUGCCUCGUUUUGGAUCUCGGUUCCGCUACUCUGGGCGCACGCAAUACCAGACAAGAAUUAUAGCCAAUGAGGAGCAUCGAACUUUGACUUUUGACAGAGUGCUGAGUAAGAGGGGCACCUUCGCUGGACGUACCACCAACAUGAGGAAACGAGACGAUGAAAGGAAACAACAGCGCGAAGAAAUGAGGAGGCAGCCACCACCGCCAGCUCCAAAAACCCAAUCCAAAGAUGUUCCCAUAAGGGACAGAUCACCAUCACGAGAGGAUGGUCCACCAGAGCCCAAACAUGCUCCGCCUGUGGCCCCAAAGCCUAAACCAGCAGCGAAACCCAAAGCAUCGCCCCGUGGUCCAGGCUCUGUGGAUGACAAUGCUUCCCUGAAUAGGUCACGACAAUCCCUUGAUCAAAGCUUUGAAGAUGUGCCUGACAGGAGAAGCAAAAUGGAAAAAAUGCAUGCAGUGCCUACGCCAUUGGCUCAAAUCAUGCAGCAAAGUCAGCAGAAACAAAGGCGUGAUGAAGAUGAGAGAAGAAGCUUAGAUCGCUACAGUGAUGACCGAGACUCGAGAGACCAUUCACCUGAACCAGAGGAGGUAGAGAGUCGACCCGUGACCCCGGAGAUCAUUGAGCAGGUGGUCGCCGAGCCUGUUCGCCAGGUGCCUCUCACACCAAAGGAAAAGAAGGAGCGCGCCAAGCAGGAGAAAGAACGAUUGAAGCGUGAGAAGGAAGAGGAGAGGAAGAAAAAGAAGGCUGAGGAGAUGGAGAGAAAAAGGGUGGAGAAAGAGCGCAAGGCUGCCCUGGCACAGGAGAAAAAGGGGGUCAAGAGCAAAUCCAGCUUUAAGGGCAAGGAUCCUAAGAAGGAUGCAGAGCGUGAGGUGAGAGAGAGGCAUGACAGCAAGGGCAGCAACGACAUGGGCCGUGACUGGGACCAGGCCCGGGAGGGAGAUCACCACGACCAGGUGGCCCCUGAUAGGACCCCUAAACGCUUCGGCAGCUUCGAGAAACCUAAGAAAAGUACAUCCAAGGAAGCGCAUUCAGAUGACGAUGAUCAACCCCCGACCCCGCCGGCCCCACUUCCUGUUGGCCGAAGGGGCUCCGAUUCAGGCUCGGAUUCGGGCUCUGACCGGGAGCCACCACGCCACAAAAAGGUUGCUGGUCAUCGAGACCAGGAUGAGGAGGAGGAGGUGUCGUUUUAGUCACAUGACCUUCAGCCCCCUGGGGACGGCAGCCUUACCCCCCGGGUGAGGACUACAAGACCCUACAUUCCUGAGACGGCAGCAUGCAUAAAGCAUCACCCUGAAAUGCUUCGCUUGGUGGCCACUGACAGCAAUGUAUUUAAGGAGACUUUACCUUUUCAUAUGCAUUCAUAUUUGUAAACAUGUGAAAAUGUGGUUUGAAUUGUUCAUGCUGUAUAUCACGCUUGUAUUUGUGGUUGCUCUUAAAGAUCUGUUCAGCUAUUCCUAAGCUUUUGUCAUAUUAUUGUUCAGGUGUUCAAAGUUAUUUUUUUAUGGUGAAAUAUUUUAUCGCAGAGGUCUUCAUUUACAACAGAGUUCAAUUUAUACAAUUGGUGUAAAAAUAUGUCCUGCGAUUGUGUAUGCCUUUAUUAAUCUGCUGGAAACAUACAUAUGUUUAAGUGCGAGUCUAAUUUCCCACAAGCCUGAAUGUUUGCUACAUUUUCAUUGUGUUUUUCGCUCUGUAGCAAUCACUAAUGUGGGCAUCAAUCACUAAUGUGGGCGUCAAUCACUAAUGUGAGCGUUAAUGUUGGUCUUAUAGUUUGGAAGGACCGAUUUUUUUCUUCCAAGUUUGAAAGGUGCCUCAUAUAUCUGCCUGAACUGCUGAUCAUAGAAUAAUCAGAUGUAUUUAUAUGCUUAUUUUGGAACAAAUGUUCUUUGUACAUGAUCAUGACAUUGUAUAUAAAUCAGCAUCUGUGUGUUACCGGUAAAUUACAUACUUUUUAAAGUGUUAAAUGUUUUUAUCAAGCUGUAAAUCAUGUUAUUUUCAUGCCACUUUUUUAGCAAUACUUUAUUUUUAAAGUGACUAUGCUUAAUAUGAUCAAUAAUACACUUUCACCUGUUUGUUCAGUAAUGAGACAAGCAUGCACUAUAUUGCACUGAUGUUAUGGUGAAUUUUCCGUGCUGGCAUUUCAGGGGACCAAACAAGUUCAAGCUUAUGCAUGGAUUUUUUUAUGCUGUAGAUAAUGCAAAUAGUUUUAUUGAUUAUCCAUGAUUAUUGCAUAGUUUUGUCUGGGCUGUGCUUUUAAUAAAUUGUUUUCAAUUUUAAUACUAGCCAUUGUUAAUGGUGGAAACUAAUAUAGAUUUCUUGUAUAUAACACAUUGUAUAUCUUGCAUGUGCUGUGUUUAUAAUGGUAUUUUGAGUUGAAUAACUGAACUAAUUUUCUAUCACUAUACCUUGCUGUCUGUGCUGAUGGUAGACUAGAAUGUAAUAUAUUUUACAGCUUUUUAGGUUGGUCCAACUUUAAAAAAACAUCUUUUAUACAAGUAUCUGGGAUUUUCACUUGUAAAUUACCAUAUUGUAUGAUAGUAUUUAUGUUAUAGAAAGCAUGAGAUGAGAAAUAAUUGUAAAGUUAACAAAAGUAUAUGAUAGUUCUCCAUCAAAUCAGACCAAGAAAUUGAAUAAUUAUAUCUUUUACAAUGAAGUUAUUUAUAUGUACAAGUAAAUUGUCAAUUAAUGUUCUAUGAUUUAAAUGUGAAGUCUUUAUUCAUUCUAUGGGAAAUUUCAGAGUGAAAGAAGUUCAUUUUUCAUUUUUUUUUCAAUUCAUUAUGUUUACAGUUAAUUUGCAAACAUUCCACAUUUUUAUAUAUCCACAUGUGUACACAACAUAUUUUACUAUAUAUAUUGUAUACUCAUUAUUUUUAUUUACCAUGUAUAAAUGAGUUUGUAAAAUACAAAAUUAUUGAAGAAUAUAACUAGAUUAGAUUUGUUUUACAAUGGUGAUUCUUUGUAUUAAAACUCAAACUCAUUCAAUAAAUUUUUUACUCAUA